GCUUCCUCUCACCAUUGUCACCCCCCAGCUUCAGUCUCUGAGAUGGAGAGAUCAAGUGCUGUGCUCCUCACUCUAAUGUGUGUUUUGAUCUCCAGCAUCUCUGGAAUAGUUGUGGAGAUGAGAGUCAAACCAGGAGACGAUGUCACCAUCUACUGCGACUGCAACUGGAAGCGUAGAUUUAAAAUAGUAUGGGUGAUAAAACCCUCAGACGAGCAUCAACCUCCUCUCUUUCAUUUAACUGAGCACUCGACACUUCCACAUUACUCUCAUGUUUGGAACAACUCCAAGGGAACAUACGAUCUGCUGGUGAAGAACAUCACUGGAUCAGAACUUGGCUUGUACUACUGCGCUCUACAUGAGACCAAGUUUUCUAGAAAUGAGAUGGGAGAAAGAGUAAAAGAGGAUCUUUAUCUUGAUGGGAACAGAACCACUUUCCUCUCUUUCCAGGUGGUCUCCUCCAUCUGUGUGUACUGCAUCUGCACCACCAGAACUAAAGCUGAUCAUGAAGCAGACCAGCAAAGGAAUAUCAGCAUGAGAAAACAUGAUGAGGUUGGAAAUGAUGUUUGCUAUGCUUCAUUGGACGUCCUGAGUGGUCAUAAGAAACGGCUGAAGACGAGGACAGUUGAAGGCUCUGAUUUCAGCACAUAUUCUCAGGUUAAAAUUUGA